UUGUAAAGAAAGAAAAGCAUAACCCAAAAUAUCCUUAACCUAUUUCCAAACCCCUCUUCCUCUCCACUCUCUUCUCACUCACAGCAAAAAGUCAUGGGUCAAGGAACACCCGGUGGUCUUAACCGGCAACUUCCCGGUGACCGGAAAAACGACGGUGACAACAAAAAGGAGAAGAAAUUCGAACAACCUGCUCCACCUACACGUGUCGGUCGUAAACAACGCAAACAAAAAGGUCCCGAAGCUGCGGCUCGGCUCCCAACCGUAACGCCAUUAACAAAAUGCAAGCUUAGGCUUCUUAAACUUGAGAGAAUUAAGGAUUACUUGUUAAUGGAAGAAGAAUUUGUUGCUAAUCAAGAAAGGUUAAAGCCACAGGAAGAGAAAACUGAAGAAGAUAGAUCUAAAGUUGAUGAUCUACGUGGAUCUCCUAUGAGUGUUGGGAAUUUGGAAGAACUUAUUGAUGAAAAUCAUGCUAUUGUUUCGUCUUCUGUGGGACCUGAGUAUUAUGUUGGAAUAUUGUCAUUUGUUGAUAAAGAUCAACUUGAACCUGGAUGUGCUAUUUUGAUGCAUAACAAGGUUCUAUCUGUUGUUGGGCUUCUACAAGAUGACGUUGAUCCAAUGGUGUCUGUCAUGAAAGUUGAGAAAGCUCCAUUGGAAUCAUAUGCUGAUAUUGGUGGAUUAGAUGCCCAGAUUCAGGAGAUCAAAGAAGCUGUUGAGCUGCCUUUGACUCACCCUGAGUUAUACGAAGACAUUGGUAUUAAACCUCCUAAAGGGGUCAUUCUGUAUGGAGAGCCUGGAACGGGCAAAACCUUACUUGCCAAGGCAGUUGCAAACUCCACUUCAGCAACUUUCCUACGUGUUGUGGGAAGUGAACUGAUUCAGAAAUAUUUGGGAGAUGGGCCUAAAUUGGUCAGGGAGCUCUUCAGGGUUGCUGAUGAUCUCUCACCUUCAAUUGUCUUUAUUGAUGAAAUUGACGCAGUCGGUACAAAAAGGUACGAUGCACACUCAGGUGGUGAACGAGAAAUUCAGAGGACUAUGUUGGAACUGUUGAACCAGUUAGAUGGUUUUGAUUCCAGAGGAGAUGUAAAGGUGAUUCUUGCAACAAAUAAGAUUGAGAGUCUGGAUCCAGCCCUGCUUCGGCCUGGUAGGAUAGACAGGAAAAUUGAGUUCCCUCUUCCUGAUAUUAAAACAAGGAGGCGCAUUUUCACGAUACACACAGCAAGGAUGACAUUGGCUGAUGAUGUCAAUUUAGAAGAGUUUGUUAUGACUAAGGAUGAAUUUUCGGGUGCUGAUAUCAAGGCAAUAUGUACUGAAGCUGGAUUGCUCGCUUUAAGAGAGCGGCGUAUGAAGGUUACUCAUGCAGAUUUCAAGAAGGCCAAGGACAAGGUCAUGUUCAAGAAGAAAGAGGGAGUGCCAGAAGGACUUUAUAUGUAAUCAUAAUAUAUCACUUCUGGUCAUCUUUGUCCUCGACUUGAUUACUCUGUUUUCGGUUAAAACUUUAGUUCGCUUUAUUCAUGUUGAUGUUUCUGGUCUCCUGGCGAAAACAUAACAUUAGGACAUUGAGAACCUCUGGUUGGUUGUCAGCUAUUUGUUUUGCGCUUAAUCUGUUUUCCAUUAUUAACUUA